AUUCUAACAUUCCCGGUAAGCAUCACCGUCGCGGUUCCUAUCGACACUUCCGGGGACCAUAUGCAAGUUACAUGAAGUGUCUGAUAGAUUUCGUGGGAGUUUCAAAACAUCAAAGAUGGCGACCUCGUCAGCAACUUUUCCGUCCCUUCUUCCGCGCGUCGCUGACGAUCUGUGGUUCACUUUGGAAAAGAAAUCAGACGAUGACGCUGCUUUGACUAAAGAAGAAGAAGAAUAUGCUGCCUCGCUCAAGAAGAUCCUAGAUAAGGGCAGUGACAUUCUUCCAAUCGGUACCACCAAAACCAAAGACAAGCAGGAGAGACUUGAUGAAGAUGAUGAUGAGAUUGAGGAUGAUGAUGAUGAUUCAGCUGAGGAAAUUGAAGAUGAAACCGAUGAGUAUGAAAGCCCUGGCACUCCUGAUGUGGAGUCUGUUGAAGGAGAGGUAGACAUGGAGUCAAGUCUAAUUUAGAUCAUGUUGCAACAUGUUUCGUUUGAGAGCAAGGAAGAAAAUAAUUUUCAGUAGAUGAAAUCAUACCUCACACGGGCUGAAAAUAGAAAUGAGAGGGAACACAACUGAGAAAGAGUCCUGCAGCCUACAUUCAUCAUGUUAUCAUCUAUUGGGCACCAACUGACAGCAUAAAUUAUGGCUAAUAAUAAUAUUGUUAUUAGAAAAUAGUCCAAAGAAAAUACGCUUGCUGAUUGGUUUAAAAUUGUUUCUGUUA